CCCUUGGGCAACGCAGAAGGCCGCGUGCUUCCUACUCCAGGAAGGCCCGCCCACGUGGGAGUCCAAGUGGCGAGAGGGUCUUCUUCCCUGGGAGAGAAGGCGCACCGUAGGCGAGGAGUGGGCGACCCUUAGAACUGCCUUCCUUGUGGCCUUUCAAGGUGUUCGUAAAAGGAGGCAAACCCAAAUAAUUUAGAUAAUUGUGCUGUGGCCACUGAAUCUAGCUGUCUGGCCAGAAAAUCACCCUCUUGCUUGUCUGCCUGCUUUUGACACCAUGACCAGACGCAAGCAGAAAAAAUCUGGAAAGAAACACAAACAUGGCAAGAAAAAGGAUGCAAAGAUGCAUGGGAAGAAAGACUCAGGAGUGCCUCAGUUGUCACGUUUCAAAGAGCCGGUCAAAAAGGAAGCAGCGCUCAAGCAGAAAAGGGUAACAGAACUGCAGGAACGGCAACGCCUGGCUCGCCAAAAGGAAAUCGGAAGGUUCCGGAGUCUGGAAGGGCUUCAGAAGGAUGCUUUACGCAGGCAGCAGCAUUUUAAUCAAAAGGAGAUGGAUCUGCAGCAACUGGCCAGGCAUUCCCUUCUGGAGAAAGACAGCUCCUGCAAGGCCUACUAUAAGGAGUUUAGGAAGGUAAUUGAAGCUGCCGAUGUGAUCCUGGAAGUCCUUGAUGCUCGGGAUCCUCAAGGCUGCCGGUGCCCCCAGGUUGAGCAGGCAGUGAUGCAGGCUGGCACAAACAAGAGGCUGGUCCUGGUGCUAAAUAAAAUUGAUCUGGUGUCUAAGGAGAUUGUAGCAAAGUGGCUGAAAUACCUGAGAAAUGAAUUCCCUACUGUUGCAUUCAAAGCUUCCACACAGCAGCAGAGCAAAAACCUGCAACAGAGCCGUGUCCCAGUAAUCCAGGCUUCGAGUGACUUACUCAGCAGUGGAGCCUGUGUCGGGGCUGACAGUCUCAUGAAGGUGUUAGCUAACUAUUGUCGGAAUCAGGAUGUUAAGACAGCCAUAACUGUUGGAGUUGUUGGCUUUCCAAAUGUUGGCAAAAGCAGCUUGAUCAACAGCUUGAAGAGGAGCCGGGCCUGCAGUGUGGGUGCCACGCCUGGCGUUACCAAGUGCCUACAAGAGGUACAUCUGGACAAACACAUCAAAAUCUUAGAUUGCCCUGGGAUUGUCAUAGCUUCUCCCACCUCCGAUGCGGCCAUGAUUCUACGAAAUUGUGUUAAGAUAGAGCAACUGGUCGAUCCGGUCAGUCCUGUGGAGGCCAUUUUGAAACGAUGCAACAAACAACAGAUUAUGCAGCACUAUGGUGUGCCAGAUUUCCAGGAUACCAUGGAGUUCCUGGCUCAUUUGGCACGGCGUCAGGGCAAGUUGAAGAAAGGAGGAAUACCAGAUCACGAAAAGGCGGCAAAAGCACUGCUAAGUGACUGGAUGAGUGGGAAGAUCAGUUACUUUACACAUCCACCUGAAACCCACACACUGCCCACUCACGUCAGUGCUGAGAUUGUGGCAGAAAUGGGCAAGGCCUUCGAUUUUGAAGCUCUCGAACAGGAAAAUGAAAAGGCUUUGGCAAGCUUGCCCUCUGGCCCUGUUGGCAUCAGCUUGGAAGGCUUUGGCCUCACCAGUGGGGCAGAGGCCGAGAUGGACGAGGAGGAAGAACUUCACCAUCAGGAUCCAGAAGAGACCAAAAUGGAAGAUGAUGGUGACCCAGAGUUUGGCCCUAUGACGAUAGAACUGAAAGCCAAGAGCAAGGCCCUUGUGGAAGCAGAGAAGGCUGUUCCCAAGGCUCCUGACCUGAGAGAGAUCUCUGCCUUGGAUCCCUUGCACCAGGGACAGGGUCUGCGGGCAGCAAGCAAGAGACGCAAAAAACAGCAGAAGCGAGCAGAGAAAAUUGCUACCAAGCUCUCUGCAACACUGACAGCAGCUAUGAAUUUCAGCUUGUCUGAUGACUAACAGAAUAAUGCUGAUGGAAUGGUGCAGAAGAAAAGAUUGGCACUGGGACUUUCUUUUAUCUUCCUGCAUGGCAGGAGGUUGGAACAUGCUGCAUGGCCCUUGGGGUCUCUUCUGACUCUUUGCUUUGAUGAUUCUACCUCAGGAAAGGCUGUUCUCCCACAUGGCUGCUGCCAUCAGGAGGCAGUUUGGUUUAUAUCCUGCCAUACUUUUGCAUCACCACAACAACUGGCAAAUUCAUGCCCUAUGCAAAACCCAAUGUUGUUUUAAAUAAAAACAUUUUAUUUAAUUGGAUAACAUCAAAAGCACUGUGUGAAUAAAAGUGUCAUUCAGUGAGGCUCAUCUCAAGUAUGACUUGCAAACAAUGCAGCAGAUUUUGGCUCACACUAAAGAAAGCCUCAUUCUCAUUCGUAUUGCAGCAUUUUCUUGAAUGUCUCUAGUUCUUCAAAUGGCUCAUCCAGAAAGGGCUGAACAGCUGCAGUGGUGACCUCUUGCAAAGGGAACUUUUGGAGACACAUUAAGUACUGUUAAACAAAGCACCAAUCCAGUAGAGAGUGACUUGAUCAGGUAGAAAGAUUCUUCCACCUAGCUUUGAAAGUAAUUGUUUCUCUUAAAAAACUAUUGUCAGCUCUGGAGACAAAAAAUGAAAUUAGCCUGGUUAAAAAGAGUAUCAUCACAUGAUGCCUUAACUGGAUAUGUCACUGCUUGGUAUAGGUGAUUUUGCCUCUUGCAACUACAUUUAUAAUUUCAACACAUCUGGGUAUGCCGUUUCAGCAAAGCAUCCCUUUUCCUGCCCAAAAGGGCCAACCAUUGUCAUUUGGUGGAGGGAAACUAAAGCCUUCAGGCCUAGCGGCCCGUUUGCUUCUUCCGUCGGAGAAGAAAUUUUUCUGCCUGGCCUUUGAAAGAGAGGUGCCCUGAUUACUCAGCUGGAAGCCCUGCCAGAAGAGAUUUUCCCCUUCAGCUGUGCAGGUUGAGAAAUGAUAGCUGAAGAAUUAUCUCGUUUUAUGACUCUGGGAGAGCAAAUCUAGCUUUAAUGAUUGGAGAGGAAGAAAUUCCAGCCAGAGACCUCUGGCUCCACAGGUGGUAGGGCAAAACCUAUAAAACGGUAAAGAUUUGAGUUGUAAUAAAUACACUUCUGCCACUUCA